AUGAAGAUAAUCCAGCUGCUGAACCCGGUUUGCAGUGACCGUCAUGGCCCUCGCAACCCAGAGCCGCCAACACCGUCGUCUGGCCCAGUUACAACAGCAGCAGCAGUCCCAGCUUCCAGGCGACACAAGAUACCAAAAUACGCACCAAUAUUUUCCGAAGGUAAAAAGCCCGUAGGCAUAAUCAACUUUCCACCCUAUGAAGCGGGAAACGACAAGGAACUCGUAGCGCAGCACCGCAGGCUACAGGUCUACCCGUCGGGUGAUAUUGCCAAGAAGGGAGUUGGACACAUCCCAUACAACAGCGACAAGAAGGAUUUCCUUGAGAAGACUGGACGCACGGCGUUUGAGAUGUUCCAGUACACGUACAACGUGCCUGGUGAUGAGAAAGAAUAUGUCGUCGUCUGGGACUAUAAUGUCGGUCUCGUGCGGAUGACACCCUUUUUCAAAUCGUGCAAGUACUCAAAGACAAUACCCGCAAAGGCGUUGAGAGAGAAUGCAGGGCUCAAGGACAUUAGCUACAGCAUUACCGGAGGCGCUUUGGUGUGUCAAGGCUACUGGAUGCCGUACUACGCCGCCCGAGCCAUAGCCGCGACCUUUUGCUACGACAUUCGGUGGGCGCUCACACCCGUCUUUGGCAACGACUUUCCCCUCCUCUGCCUGCCACCCGAUGAUCCUGGGUUCGGCCGGUUCGUCAUUGACCCCGCCAUUGUAAAGUACUGUGCCGAGGAGACGACAAGAUUCCGCGAGCUGGGUCCCCUGUAUGAAGUCCGCAGACCAGUCACCCCUCCUUUGCGAGUCGAGGCACCCAAGGCGCGCUCCAGACAACUGCAACUCAACGACCCCGGCGCAAAGCAACGGCGCGUACGACCGAUAGAUACCGAGAGCGGGUAUGGCAGCGACACGGAUCAAAGUGAACGAUGUCUCUAUUCGCCUGAGGUGUCUCCGCGCACUCGAUUCACGCCAAUCAAUCGCCCGCUGUCUCCAUUCUCUCCAUACACAACAGAGCAUCCACUCAUGAGUUCGCCCGCUAGCAUGCGUGCACCCCCAGGCUUGCUCACCCCCACGUCUGCUCCAUACGUGUAUCCGGGUGAAGGACGUCGGCCCAAGCGGUCUCGCUCCAAGGUGGCCUUUGGCGAGCACCCCAUGAACGACACUGCCGCUCGCCCUCCGACUGCCGCAACAAUUGACAGUGUCCACAGCCCUGAGAUGGCCGGCGGCCGUGGUGGAAACCGCAGCCAUGUCGACAUGGAUGCGGCGGAGAUGUUGAUGUCGCUGCGCACGGCGGACAACCCGAUGCCACCGUUGAAGCGCGCUCGUCGCGGCUCUACGUGGUAG